AUGGCAACGGAACGCUCAUUAAUCCCGAACCCUUCUCUUGUCGCCAUACUCCUCGUGAUCCGGGAUCCUGCAGGCGGUAAUCUCGUCUUUCAUUACCCGCCACAACCCCGCUCUGAAGCAGCACAUAAUACUUCUUCCUGGAGAAUCGGCGAAACGAAUACAGAUUAUACUUCCUCCAAUUCAAGUUUUUCGUCGUCAUCAUCAGAUGACGAUGAUGGCGAUGAUAGGAAAUCUAGGUCUACCGUUAGGCUUUAUGGGGGCGGGAUAGCGACCGAACGGUCGGUGGUAACUUCGCAAAGAAGUAGGAGUUAUGAUCAGCGAUCUUCAAGAAGGAGGAGGGGUUCAGAUCAUGAGUAUGAUGAUGAAGAAGAGGAUGAUGACGAGGCCGGGGAAGCAGUUGGAGCAGAGUGGGAACAUGUGCUCGGGUUCAGGCAUAAUGUCCUAGCGGGGCUGCUAAGUGUUCCUAGAGCUUUGGCAAAGAGUAGAUUCGAGCUUUCAGUCGACCACUCUGUUUUCCUAGGGUACCCGUGUUACAGUAGGAUUGAUGGAACAUGGCAAAGAAAGAAGAAGGAGAGGAAAAUAAAGAGUGAGGGCCCUAAGGGGGAAGAAGAGAAAGAAGUGCAUACCAGCGACGUGGAUAAUGACGACGAAGAUACGAAGGGUAACGACGCAGACGACGAAGACCCAGAUGCAGUCGCACUAUCCCGUUCAAAAAGCCCAAACCCACCACCAUCUGAACGCAAGAAGAUAAAGCGAGAACCCCGCAAAGUUGAGGCGACACCGAGUAAACUUGCCAUGUUCCACAUUGUCUUCGUCAUGAACCCGCCGCAGCUAGAGUAUCACUCACGCAUGCACGACAUGUACGAUGUCGCAAAGCAGUUUACCAUGGCGCUUAAAACUCAACAAUCUGACGACGAUUAUGUCGCCCGAGAGGCCGAACGAAUCCUUGAAAUCAGAGAGCGCGGUGAAAAGCGUGGUGAUUCGAUGCAUGAGCUAUGGUUAAGAAUCAUCCGUGAGAGUACUCUUGCUGCAGCAAUCGCUACUCUAUACCAAUCAAUCUCCGCCUCAAAAAUCGCCCAUCUAAAAGUCAAUGACUUUGACUUUGCUCUACAAAUCCCGAUAAUGAUGGAAACAGCUGCGCUUCCCUCCAUCUCGGAACCCCAGUUACCUGGUAUGCAUCUUACAACUCUCCGAACUAUAGGCGCCACUCCAAGCGAAGGCGAAGAUGCCCUCAUGACACCCCACUUCACACUUCUUUUCCUUGAAGACGUAGACGACAUCAUCAAGGAAAUUAUUCUAGACCAAGACCAAUCUUCACUCAGCGCCUCCUUUGUCCAGUUCAUCCAAAACUGCCGUCCCACGGUUUCCUUCGCACAAAUGCUCUCUCCGACAUCAGACUCUAGCGCGCCUCAUCCAGAAAACCCAGAAUACCAGUACAUAGAGUACUUCGCCCGCCAUCUGAUUUACUGGCGGAAAGCUCGUGCCAUAAUGCCACUUCACUACAGAAGAUACUACAUCGUCUCCCCAAACGCGGAUAUGAAACGACUAGUAUCCCAAUCCAUCGUUUUUGCGAGGUUAUUUCCCGCAUUACCACCGCUGCCCAAAAUGUUAUCACUUUUAUCCGGGAAGCCUAGGCCGUACUCUGCCUACAUCCCGUCAAAGGAUCAUAGACAAGCAUACAUGGAUAUGCUAGCAUGGUUGAUGCGCUAUGGAUGGGUUACAAACCUACUUACAUUCGCGUAUCUCAAGAUCCCGAAGGAUAUCAAAGUAGCAGUUCGAGAACGGCAAAAGAGAGAACAAGCCGAAGCGGCAGUUGAAAUGAUACAAGCCGCUACUUUCAGUGCUACAACUGCGGUUUCGGCGGUGAAUAAUAAUGGUAAUAGCCCGCGAAUGAUGAGUACCAGUAUUGAAAAAUCUAUCGCAAACGGCACGGCGAUACCAAAUACCAGUUUGAGAGAUAUCGAAGAAGAACCAAAAAUAAGUCUCUCGGCGGGUGGAGACUCUAGUAUCUCAAAUAGUCGGCCGAGGACCGGGUGGUCUGAUGUUACAGAUUCAUCUAUAACUGUCCCUUCGAGGUCUACCAACCCUACGACCAAUACCCCGGGCACACCAUUCGAAAAGAUGGAAUCUUCAAGCGGACAGCUGGAAGACUCAAUCGUAUUUGAUCCUUCAAGAGCGACUCCCUUAGAAUCUACAUGGAUCGAAAGGUUAACAGAAGGUCAGCCGCCGGAUAUUGUUGCAUUAUUCGACCGUUUAGUAAAGUACCUUGACGGUCAACAUGCGAUCGAGGGUAUUGCGCUCAGAGAAGCAAUCUCAAAGAAGGAGUUAAAGAGGGUUCUAAACGCCAUGGAUCGGUAUAUUGUGUACGCUAGACAUUGGUAA